GUUUAAUAUCUAAAUUUAUCUACUGGUCAGUGUGAUUUUAGCCAGUGCAGUGAAUUAUAAACGUUAAAAGUGAUUAAUUGACGGAUGUCGAUCGAAAGUUAUGGAAUGUUUUUGGGAGAGAUCGAGAUCAGAAAUAUCUACCGUUGGUUGCCGCCGGAAGAGUGGCUUGUCAUUAGACAAACGAAGUCCCAGUUAAAUACUGACACAUUCUGAAUGGUUUUACGCAUUAUUUGGUGUGUUAUUACUUUAUUCACCUUAUUUUAAGUCGCGAAAAAUAGUUUAAAGUGUUUGGUAAUGUUAAACAGCGAAUUAAAAUGGAAAACAGAUAAAUGUUGACUAUUUUACUCGCCCAAGAUGGCUGCCGUCGGAAUUCAUUCUACUUUUGUGCUGCGUAUGAACGUGUUAUAAUUUCGAUGUGGACAAUUCGAAAUUAUUUAUAAGAUAUUUUAUAAUCUGUGCAAGUAAUUAAUCACCGUUUAAAUGGGUUUGGUGGUAGAUAAUAGGUAGACAAGUGUAGUUUUUACUGCGUUUUAAUUUUGGAGGACACAGAUUUGGGUGCCGCCGGAUAACGAACUUUUAAUUUUAGAAGUGUGCCCAACGGUCUGAUCAGUCAGGCAUGUGUGACCCAGAGGAGGUAUCCCAGCCAGUCUGGUUGCAAUGGAUCCUUGAAGCAAUCAGGAAGAUUAGGUCGCAGAAGCAGAGACCUAGUGUGGAGAGGAUCUGUCAUGCCAUCAGGCAACACCACAACUACCAUGAGGAUGUGAUCGGAGAGCACCUAGAACAGGCUGUAAAGGAGGGUGAUGUUCUGAAGGUCUUCAAUAAGGGGCAGAGUUCCUACAAGGAUCCAGGUGGUAUUCAGAGCAAGAACCUGAAAAUUGAACCAACCUCUGAUCUAACCAAACUGGUAGCCAAAGCUGUAAGGGAAUUAGGAGAACGGGAUGGAUCCUCACUAAAAUCCAUAGAAAAACAUAUACGGCAAUCUCAUAUCAUUGAAGAAACUCCAGAAAACGAUUUGAAAGGUGCAAUCAAAGUGGCUAUAAAAAGGGCUGUCGGCAGGAACAUUGUUAUUCAAGAUGGAAAGAAUUUCAAGUAUAGUUAUAAUCAUGCAGCAGGCACGAAAAGGAAGUCAGAUGCAGGUAGGAGAUCGUCGGGGCAAGAUGAUGCUUUAGUUCCAAAGACCCCAACACCUCUACCGAUAUGUUCGGAAUGUUUAGGCACUGAAGCGAAAAAUAGGAAAGGAGUUUUUGAAAAACUCAGCGCAUGUUCCGAAUGUGGCGCCAUGGUGCAUAUUUCCUGUACCUCCAGCGAACCGGAACUAACCGCCUUGUUGGCCAAAGGGGGAAAAUGGUUCUGCGAAGAUUGUAAAGUUUGCGAUGGAUGCGGAAACACCGGUGUGUCCAUGUGCCUUUUAUGUUGCUGCAGCUGUGAAAGAAACUACCAUAUGGGCUGUUUGGAUCCACCGGCCGAAAAAAAACCAAAGUGCCCCUGGAGGUGCAAACAUUGUCUCGGCCACCAUGACAAUGUAACUCCUAAAAAAGCCGGCAGCGGCGUCCGGAAAAAAUUGGAUAAGGUCAGAGAAAAAAUCAAGGAGAAAAACCAAAAGUCAAAAGAAAUGACUCCAUCAACACCUAGUGGAACUCCCAUCACAGGUAAUGACGAUGCCGUCAAAUCUUCAUCUCGUAAAAGCAGAGUACCACCUCUAGAUGAAAGCGACAAAAGCGACUUCGAAAAUCAUUCGGUCUCUAACCAGGUGAAGGUAAAACAGGAGCCGCAAGAGAACGAACAGCUCGAAUCAUCUCAAAAAAUGUCUAAAGAAAAACAAAAGUUUUUUCGGAGCUCUGCGUUUAAUUCCGAAAAGAAGAAGGAGGCCAAAGGCAGAAGAGCGGACAAGAAGGUUAAGGUGGAAAAAGAAGAAAGUAACAAUAACGAGAAAGCUAAGGCGAAAACGUCAGAAACGGGCAGAGGCAAAAGAAAUACCAAAGUUAAUAACGAAAAAAGCAACAAAACGGCGGUAGUAGCCGAGAACAAAUCAGUACCAAAGGCUAGUCCAAAGUCUAAAGAUAAACAAACGGAAGAAAAAGAAGAAACCGAAGGCGAAGAAUCGGAGGAGAGUUCGUCAGAGGACAGCUCCAGCUGUGAUUCUUGUUCCGAAUCAAAUUCGGAUUCGUCUGUCGAUAAUUCGGACUCUAAAACUAGCAUGCGGAAUAUAAAGAUUCCUCAGAUAUUCAAUAUGAAGCAAGAAAAGUCGAACACGUUCGGUGGCAUGGCGGAAGAUGAAGAUAAACCGUGGGGAUUUGCGGCGGCAGCCGCAGAGGCCAAACAGAAAGAAACCAAACCCGAAGAAUCAUCGUUGCCCAAAAAGUCUAAGAGCAACGAAAACCUAUUCAUUGCCGCACUUAAAGAGGAAGGAUUGCUUAAGGAGAAUACCGUGGUUACUCCCACAAAACAGGACGACGCCUCAGCCGAUAAGUACCAGAAAACACCAGGUUUUGGACAAUUAAAAGGUCUUUUUGAUGGUUUGUCCCAUUUAUUCGCAGCGCCUACAGAAAGCAGGGCUAGCAGGUCUCAGCCCAAUUAUAAUCCUAAUAGGAGGAAACCCAAAGAUAGCAAGGAAGAGGACGGACAAACGGAAGAAAAGAAACCCGAUGAUGUACAAGAGGAGAAGAAAGUCGAGGAUAAAAAAGCCGCGACUGUAGCGAAAACUUCUCCCAAACACACUCAAGAAAAGGUGGAACCAAAACUUCAACAAAAAGUGGAGUCUACGAAUGAUGUCAAGAUCGAGCCUAAAGGUGAAAUAAAAGUGGACCCCAAAGCAGACGUUUCAUUGACUUCGAUGACACCGUCUAAUUUGGUCAAGACUGCAGUCAACUCGAAGCAGCACGAGAAAAGAAAGUUGAUCAAAUCUGAAACUGCGGCUCCUGCAACUCCAGAAACACCGCAGAGUAAAGUAAAUGCCGAAACGGAACCAAAAAGUAUCAAAAAGAGGACCCAUAAUUUGCUAAAUUCGCCAGCUGUCUCUUCGUUCCAAAAUAAUCCUAUAAUUGACAUCAAGAACAUCCAUUUGGCCCCAGGAGUCACCCAAAAAGACGUCGAGCUGUUCAGGGACACUAGAGAAAAGGCUGCAGCAGCAACGGCAGCUCUAUUACCGGUUCCUGCUCCCCCAAUCAUCGAGCCCCUUCCGAGUCUAACGGUACCGGCAACUCCUAACCUUCCGACCGAAAUAAGAUGCCCUUCUGCUAUCGAAUUCGGAAAAUACGAAAUUCAAACGUGGUAUUCCAGCCCGUUUCCCCAAGAGUAUGCCAGGUUGCCAAAAUUGUUUCUGUGCGAAUUUUGCCUGAAAUAUACUAAAAGCAAGGCGGUGUUAGAACGACACCAAGACAAAUGCACUUGGAGGCAUCCCCCCGCCACCGAAAUAUACCGUUGUAAAGACCUGUCGGUUUUCGAAGUGGACGGAAACGUCAAUAAAAUCUACUGUCAAAAUCUUUGCCUUUUGGCUAAGCUGUUUUUGGACCAUAAAACCUUGUACUACGACGUGGAACCGUUCUUGUUCUAUGUGUUGACCAAGAACGAUAAGAAGGGGUGUCAUUUGGUGGGGUAUUUUUCGAAGGAGAAGCACUGUGUGCAGAAGUAUAACGUUUCUUGUAUAAUGACGAUGCCGCAGUACCAAAGACAAGGGUUUGGAAGGUUUCUUAUAGAUUUUAGCUAUCUUCUCUCCAAAGAAGAAGGCCAACCUGGUACUCCAGAGAAACCGCUCUCAGACUUGGGCAAAGUCUCUUACUACGCUUAUUGGAAGUCCGUGAUCUUAGAGUAUCUUCACGUCCAUCGUACCAAACAGUUAAAACUUACGGACAUCAGCAAAGAAACUGGAAUGUACUGUCAGGAUAUAUCGCUGGCUCUACAACUACUCGGUUUUAUAAAAUAUGUCUCCACAGAGGAUGGUACUAAUAAAUCACUCGUCUGUGUCGACUGGAAAAAAGUUGACGUUCAUAUGGAGAGGGUACUGCAGUCUAAAUCACGAAUACCAAUCGACUAUGAAUGUUUGCGAUGGACUCCUCUCGUCACACAAACCAUAAGCCAGCUCUCAGAACCGAAAUUAGACGAUAGCCACAAUGUUUCUAAAGAAACGGCCGAUAUAGUAGUACCGAUGCCGGAAAAAAUCAUCAUAGAAACACAAACCGGAGUCAAAUUGAAACGAGGAAGGAAACGUAAGAUAUCGACUACUACUCCGAAGGCCCAGAAAGUCCUGAAACAAGAACCAAAGGUGGCGCUGAACAGUUCUUCGACUGAAUGCACGGAGAACACAGAAAUAGAAAUAACUUCAUCGGGCAGAAAACGGACGAGACCCAGUAAAUUUAACGAAACCACUUUCGGCGACACCAAACCGAAAAUACAGGAAGUCAACAACAAGAGGAAGCCCGUGGAGAAGAACACGCCGAGAAAACGGUCCAGGAUUGAGCAAAACGUCGAAAAACCGGAAGAAGAUGCCGUCAAACCACAAGAACUUUUGAAGACUCCUAGGGGCGCCAAUAAGUCAACCAGUACGCCAAAGAUUGUCAAGGCCGUCGACAAAGCUGAAAUAGAAAAGAUCGAUGAGCCCCAAACUCCAAAUGAAAUGUCAACCCCCAAACCAAAGAAAAACUCCGCUACCAAAGAACGAGUAUUAGGCGAAAGGUGGUCUCAAAGACGCGUCAAAAAGCAGCAAGAACAAAAAGAAAAGGAACAUAAGAUAAAGGCAGAAGAAACCAAAGUUGAAGUUGCGGAGGAAAAAGAAAAAGAGAAACCUGCGACUGUUUUGGAGGAGACUCCGAUAGCUACAGCGCCAACUGAAGUCGUUGAGACGAGUGUCACUACUGAAGCUAUCGAAAAUACAAGUAUAUCUACCUCUACACCUCAGAAUAAGGCUUCGGCGAAGAGGAUGAGGAAAAAGCGCGGUUGGAGUAAAACAAAAGUACGAGGAAAACCCGCAAAACAGUUAACUUUACAUGAAAUUCUUAAACAAAACAUACAAAAAGACAGUGAAAGCGAGUCUUUGGUAUCAGAAAAAUCGGACGAAGAAGCAGCAAAGAAAUCCCCAACUAUUCAAGUUACCCCAGAAAAGGAAAAAGUUAAAGCUAGAAAGGAUGAAAAGAAAAGAACGUCAAGGAUAUCGACAGAAGAAGAUUCGAGCGCAGAGGCUGACGACGAGAUGGAAAACGACGAGUUACCAGUUCAGAAAGAAAUUUCUCCAUCGAGUAAAUUCAAGUAUACAAAGACGAGCCCUUCUAAGGAAAAAUUGGACACUAUACAAAAAAGUUUGUCUAAAACGCCACCCAAAGAUGACGAUAAAGUGGAAAGCAAAGAAAAAGCAGACUACGUCAAAUCACCUUCGUAUUCUACAAGUUCUGAAUCCGAAAUGGAGAUUGAUGGACAAAAAAUCAAGUCGAUAUCACACAGAGAAGUUCUCCAAAGCGGUUUAAUAGUGCCCCAUAUAAAACAGAUAGAUCCCAGCGAUUUCCAAAGUAGUUCAGUUGAACAAACUGCUUCAAUCGAUAGCGUUAAUGCAGAAAUUCUCAAGGAAGACUCCCAACCGGAAUCCGGAAGGAAAUCUACAGAUAUGGAGCUUGAAAAGAUCGACGAAACUCAUAAAAAUAAUAUUAUAGUGCCCAAGCAGACAGUUAUCAUUGACUCAGCAGACGAUUCUGUAGAAAGAAUGGACACAACUGAAGCCAAUGCAGAUAAUUCAGUCACUGGAAUUAAGUUCUUGGAAGACGCACAAAAAAUCUUGGAGGCGGUAGAAGAAAAUAAAGAUGACACAGAAAUGAACCCUGUUGUAGAGCAAUCUGUUAUACAAAACGCUCCCUCGGUGGAUAUUGUGGAAAAUAUGGACCACGAAGAGAUUUCUACAGAAACUAAAAAACAAAAUAUGGUGGAAGAGACGCAAAGUAAGGAAGAACAAAUAAAGGAAAAAACAGCGGAUCCGCCAGUUGAGAUACUUUUUCCAGAAAAGUUAGACGAGUUACAAUCUCAGAAACCGAAGGAAUAUCAAGCUCAGCUACCAACAAUCGAUCCUCAACAAAAAAUGUAUGAAGUUCAAGCUCAAACUCAACAACCGUUUGAGAGCAACCCAAUGAAAUCCUGUGAUACUGAGAGCCCAAAACCACUAGAACCUCAGAACCAGAAGAUCAGUGAGCUCCAAAUCCAACGACCGGAAGAAGUAUUGCCUCAGACGGAAAAAGAAUCAAAAUCUCACAAUGCCUUGACUCCGCCGUCGAAUGAGUUACAAAAUCAAAAAUUUAAAGAUAUUCCGCUACAGCAACCAUACGAAUUCCAACACCAAAAGCCUCUCGAGUUUCCCAUUCAAAGACCCAACGAUUUUACAACUCCGAAACCUACUGAUCCUCCAAAUCAGAAGCCUCUUGAGCUUCAAAUGCAGCUACCAGAGCCACAACUUCAGAAAGCACUUGAUGUUGUAGUUAACAAAAGUAUCGAGAUGCAAAGAUCUUUCGAGAUGCAAAUGCCAAUUCAGCAAGCUCUUGAUGGUGUUUUACAGAAGCCUGUCGAUGUUCCUUUCCGCAAUAAUGUAUCCUCUGAAGAGUCCAAUCCCAGGAAGAAUAGCGAAUCUGUUAUACAGAAGCAGGUUCGUCCAACUCCGGAGCGCAAACCCACCAUUGAGCCAGAUUACCAAAAAAUCCACCCUAAGCCUCAACAGCCGGAAAAAUUUCAUCCUCCUUCAGACAAUAUAUUAUCUGAGUACAAACACUCCGUUUUGCAGCCAUUGCCGGCUCAACCCCAUGAGGUAAAACCUCCGGAGAAAGUUUCUCAAAAAGAAAUCAAAUAUUCAUCACAUCCUGAACCGAAACACUAUCCUGUGCACGGCGAACACAAAAUUCAUGAGCAUCAAGACCCCAAGCCAAAGAUGGAUGUGAAGAUAUCGCCGAAACCAGAAUCUUCCAAAUCCGAUUCCAGGAAGGACAAGUAUGACGAAAAGAGGUAUCAUCAGAAGUUGCAUGAGGAGAAAGCAAUGUAUGAUGCUCAGCCAAAAAUGCACAUGGACAGUGAGAGUUUAUUAGCGAAUGCGAUGGCCACUGAAAACUAUAUGACGCAGGCGCAGUAUCAUUGGCAGUGGGAGAGGAUUUGGGGCAAGAAUAUCUAUUAUGAUAAUAAGGCCUAUCCUCACCACCCGAUGCUUCAUCAGUUUGCUCCUUUGGACAUGUUACCCAAGCAACCGACCUGCGAGAAAGACAAAUCUAAAUCCCACAGGUAUUCGAGUCAGGGCAGUAGUGGGAGUUCCAGUAGCAAAAUGAAGGAGGCGAGCCGAACAAGCGAGUCGAGAGACAAACAUUCGUCGCCCAAAAAGGAAGAUAAAAAGUUGAAGCAUGACCAAGAAACUUUCAGUGCCUCCUCGAAAAUUGAAGAAUCUAAUAAAUCAGUCACUUGUUCCUACAAUCAAAGUUUGACCAAACCCGUCACACAAUCUGCCUCAGUUGGUACCACUGAAAGAAUAGAGUCCAAGUCCAAAGCAGAUCGUAAGGAACAGAAAUUGGAGGAAGCCGCCCAACAAAUCGCCAACCCCAUCAAGCAAACUCCGCCCACAGCGACCGCAGCAGCUGAAAUUCCAUCCAUGGGAGUCUACACUCCAGAUUCCACGACAAAUUCAGUUCACAGUCUACACUACGGACAUUGUGAGAUGGACGUGACGCAGUUAAACCUCGAAUCGCCCGCGUCCAUUGCUAGCGAUGUUAAUUCGCAGAAUUCCGUUGAAUCUGUGCGGCCUCCGUCUGCCGUGGUUCAGAAUCCGCCACAAGCGAGCUAUGAUUGUUCGGUUCAGCACACCAUGCAGCAGAAUUUGCAAAGUACAGCGAUAUCCGCCACAAGUCCUACAAUGCCACCGCAGACCAACAUUCAACUGGCUCAGGCUCAACCUGCCCCUCAGCAGUUACACCAGCAUUCGUCAAGCAAACGGCAAACCCAGCAGCAGCGCAACAGAAGCAAUACGCCCUCGUCGUCGUCUUCUUCGAGCAAACAGCACAUGAGCAGAUCGACGCCUCCCAGCGCCACACAAUCCACACAACAGAACCGACAACGGGCGACGCCUCCUUGCAAUACGCAACAGCUGCAACAGAUGCAAGUGAGCCCUACCGCUCAGCAUGGCAGCAUGCAGCAUCAGCACCAUAAUCCACAACAAUUACAGUCUCAUUUGCAUCACCAAGUCGCCGUGCACCAAGGCUAUCAGUACCAGCUUGGACCCUCGGCGGUUCACCAGCACCCUCACGUCCACCAUCACGCUGUGAUAAGCCAAGCAAAUUAUAUACCUUUGGCGGUAACGACUCAAGCGUUUCCGUCUACCAGUACGUGUGUGAAUAUUUCACCCAUGACUACAGUUAUUCAACAUGGAAUGAGUUCUACUCAACAAAACGCAGCUAGUCCGUUAAACUCAGUCGGAGGAUCCAACCAGAAGUUAGCUCCAAGUCCUAGUUGUGCCGUGACGACAGGGACUAACUUUUACAUCCAGACCAACCCUCACACACAUUCAACGACGCCCUCUCCAUCUCAAAGAGGUAAUACAGCAGCCGGCCAACCAGCCGCAGCCAACGCAAGUUCAAGCAUAGCCAAACUGCAACAACUGACCAACGGUUUGGACAUGACUCCUGCUCCGUCGUGCCAGAUCAUGACGCCCCCUCCCGCUACAAUGACAUUAACCCCUCCCCCUACGCACUUGCAUGCUACCCCUCCUCCCACACACCAAAUAGUGCAAAAUCAGACUGUGAGAAACUUAACCCCACCCUCCGCGAUCCCACCCAAUUUGCAGCAGCAGGUAUUGGGAUAUCACAAGUACUACCAAGCGAACAUGAACGUCAAUCAGCUGAGCAGCACAGUGACGCCGCCUAUCGGCCAAAACUUGGGCAGGUCCAGCAGGAACAGUACGAACGUGGCCGCCAUGCAGCACAUGCAAACCUACAACAUGAACAGCUACCCUAUGCCUACGCAGCAAACACCCAGCGCUGUGACUAGUUAUAUAGCUAAUACAGGGUUUAUUAACAAUCAGAUUCCGAUGCAGAUGAUGAACAUGGCGCAGACGCAGUAUCAGGAUCCGGCAGCCUUGCAGAGGGCGCAACCCCAAAUGUACAGGACUUAUAUAAACGGGAUGUUGCAACCGUUAAAUAGUACAAUGAGACGUUAAACGUUUUAACCAGUGAAUAGUGAUCGGAUGCAUGCGAGAUGAAUGUAUAUGUAGAAGAGAUAUAUUGUGUAGACGAGAUUGUAAAAUGGUUUUUAUGGAUAGAUGAUUAAGAUAAUUGUUGAUUUUUAGAACGUCAAAAGAUGUAGUUCAUAAAAUAAUAGUAAGUAUGACACCUAUCUUCAUAAAUUAUAAUUACCCAAAGAAAAAGUCUAUUUAAUCGCAUUCUGCACGACUAAAAAUUGAUUAAUCUCGAUGAAACAACGUUCAGUUCGACUUUACCUAUAGCUCAUCCACCAAACAACUCAUUGCGAAGACUUUAUAUACUUUUAAAACUCUUUAAAGGACUGAAUGGUUUAAGACUGAAUUCGUCAUUCCUACAAACUUCGAAAAUUAUUUUUUACGUACUGAUUAAAUUAUAUUUUCUUUUAAUAAGUCUUGUGGUUGAGUAUAGGCAUUUUGGAUGAGGAAAAUCCACUGAUAGUUAAAUACGAAUACAGAAAUGACUAAUAAGUUGCAACAUUAUUGCGUUAGAAGGUGUAAUGAUGUCUACGCAUAAGACAGAAAAUCAAAUCUAUGUUCUUUUAUCCUUUUUGAUCACUAUUUGCAACAUAAAUCCUGAUAUUCUUUAUUUUAUUUUAUUACUUUGAUUUACAGCUUGAUCUGUUGCGCAGGUGUUUUUAUAGUCACUGAAUUCUUGGAAUUAGUAAUUAGGAAUAUACCGGAUCGGGUAUCUGGCCAAUCCAGCCGCAACUGUAAUUCCUACCGCUAACCGGACCGGACUUCGCAGAUCUCUAGCUAUACCAAAAUAUUUAUAAAACUGGCAGCGACAGCGAUUUCAAUUCAGUCUGUUGCUUUUCCUGCAGUAAACAGGGCAAUCCCCACUCAAUUCUGGGGUGGGAAUUCUUUCAGAUUUUUAAAAUUUUCCAAGUUCCGGCCGGAUCAUGAUGCUGCACGUCGUUACAUACAAAGUACACAAUCUAUACAAUAUCUGAUUAAUACUCAUUUUUUCACAGUUUUCAUAAACAUAAGCUCAAUGUUUUCAAAUCCAUAUGUUUGUUUUACUCUUACUUCAGCUUAAUAUGUUGGACAGGUGCUUCUAGUCACUAAAUUGGAAAUGCAUGAUUUUUAAGCGCGCUUGUUACAUAUUUUCAAGAGGCGCUUCUAUAUCAGUGGCGUAUCUUUUGAUUUCCAUCUGUUAAUUAAAUUUGAUAUGUUGUGCCAGGUGCUUCUUAUUCUUCAGGUUCCUUCUCCUAUCAGAAGUUGGAAAUCG